CCCCCCACCAGCAGUGGCACGCAGAUGCUCGCCCCGCCCCUCGUCGGAAGCCGCGGCUCUAAUACCAAAAGCCCUUUCACACGGACCCGGAAGUUGGAGAGCGCGGAGCCGAGGUCCCCGAGCGGCGCCUAAGGUUCCUUCUAGGACCUCUGAAAACUUGUGUUCCCUGAGGAAGCCCUGAAGUUGAGGAAGAGGAAAGAAAAGGAGUCAGGCAUGGCUCUUUCUCAGGAACGACUGACCUCUGAGGAUGUGGCCAUCGAAUUCACUCAGGAGGAGUGGGAAUUCCUGGACCCUGCUCAGAGGGCCUUGUACAGGGAUGUGAUGCUGGAGACCUACAGGAACCUGCUGUCUGUGGAUAUCUCUCCUACACAUGUGAUCAAGCAUUUACAACCCAAAGUGAACAGUGAUAAACGAGAACCAUUCCAAACGUUGAUGCUGCGAAGACCUGAAAGCCAUGAAAUCAAACAUUUUCAUCUUUGGGAAAGUCAAGAAAAUAUGUGUGACUUUGAGUGUCAGGGGAGAGAUGACAAAAGAAAUUACAAAGGAACACCUGUAAGCCUUAAUGGAAAUGUGCCUGAUGGAAGAGAUUCACAUGAUAGAAAGGAUGCAGGAAUGACGCCCUUUGGAAACAGGCUUGGGUUUAACUUUCAGGAUAAACUGCAGAUACUUCAAACUGGCGGGAUAACUUCUGAAUAUAAUGAAGUUGAGAGGUCUGUCAACAACAGUUUCUCAUUUUCACCACUUCAAAGAAGUCCUCCUUGUUUCCAUACCAGUGUUUCUAAUAUAUAUGGGGAUGAUGUUAUGAAUCCUUCAGUAAUAACACAAGACCUCAAAGCACACAGGGUAAAACCUUACAAAUGUGAUGAGUGUGGGAAAGCCUGUCUUAAGGGCUCAUGCCUCAUUAAACAUCAGGCCAUCCAUGUAAGAGAGGAAUCACAUAAAUGUGAAGUAUGUGACAAAUUGUUUGAUCAAAGUUCACAGCUUGCACAUCAUUUGAAAAUUCAUUCUAAAGUGAAAUGUUACAAAUGUAAUGAGUGUGGCAAAACCUUUAAUGAUAGCUCCACCCUUGCUAGACAUCAGAUAAUCCACUCAAGAGCAAACUUACAUAAAUGUGAUGUAUGUGGUAAAAUCUUUGGUCAGAAUUCAUUCCUGGUAAGGCCUCAGAAUAUCCCUGCAAGAAAGAGAAGUUGCCAAUGUAAUGAGUGUGGCAAAAGCUUUACUGACAGCUCAAAGCUCAGGAGACAUCAGAAAAUUCAUACAGGAGAGAAAUUAUUUAAAUGUGAUAUAUGUGACAAAGUCUUCAGCCAAAAUGCAUACCUUGCUGUUCAUCAGAGGGUUCAUACUGGAGAGAAACUUUACAAAUGUAAUGAGUGUGGCAAGCACUUUAGUCACUCUUCACAGUUCAGAAGGCAUAAGAGAUUUCAUACUGGAGAGAGACCUUACAAAUGUGAUGAGUGUGGCAAGUCCUCUCAUCUCAAGUCAGUCCUUUUAAGGCAUCAGACCAUUCAUACUGGAGAGAAACCUUACAAGUGUGAUGAGUGUGGCCAGGCCUUUCAUGUAAAGUCAAGCCUUUUAAGGCAUCAGACAGUUCAUACUGGUGAGAAACCUUACAAAUGUGAUGAGUGCGGCAAGGCCUUUACUGACAGCUCAAACCUCAAGAGACAUCAGAAAAUUCAUACAAGAAAGAAAUUAUUUAAAGGUGGUACGUCUGACAAAGUCUUUAGUGAAAAUGCACACCUUGCUGGUCAUCAGAGGGUUCAUACUGGAGAGAAACCUUACAAAUGUGAUGAGUGUGGCAAGCACUUUUGUCAGUCUUCACAGAUCAUAAGUCAUAGGAGAUUUCAUACUGCAGAGAAACUUUACAAAUGUGAUGAGUGUGGCAAGGCCUUUCGUGUAAAGUCAGUCCUUUUAAGUCAUCAGACAGUUCAUACUGGAGAGAAACCUUACAAGUGUGAUGAGUGUGGCAAGGCCUUUCGUGUAAAGUCAGUCCUUUUAGGGCAUCAGACAAUUCAUACUGGUGAGAAACCUUACAAAUGUGAUGAGUGUGGCAAGGCCUUUCGUGUAAAGUCAAUCCUUUUAAGUCAUCAGACAGUUCAUACUGGAGAGAAACCUUACAAAUGUGAUGAGUGUGGCAAGGCCUUUCGUGUAAAGUCAAUCCUUUUAAGGCAUCAGACAAUACAUACUGGUGAGAAACCUUACAAAUGUGAUGAGUGUGGCAAGGCCUUUCGUGUAAAGUCAAUCCUUGUAAGUCAUCAGAUAGUUCAUACUGGUGAGAAACCUUACAAAUGUGAUGAGUGUGGCAAGGCCUUUACUGCCCGCUCACACCUCAGGAAACAUCAGAAAAUUCAUACAGGAAAGAAAUUAUUUAAAUGUGAUAUAUGUGACAAAGUCUUCAGCCAUAAUGAAUACCUUGCUGGUCAUCAGAGGGUUCAUACUAGUGAGAAACCUUACAAAUGUGAUGAGUGUGGCAAGGCCUUUCGUGUAAAGUCAAAUCUUUUAAGUCAUCAGACAGUUCAUACUGGAGAGAAACCUUACAAAUGUGAUGAGUGUGGCAAGGCCUUUCGUGUAAAGUCAAGCCUUUUAAGGCAUCAGACAAUUCACACUGGUGAGAAACGUUACAAAUGUGAUGAGUGUGGCAAGGCCUUUACUGCCAGCUCACACCUUAGGAGACAUCACAAAAUUCAUACAGGAAAGAAAUUAUUUAAAUGUGAUUUAUGUGACAAAGUCUUCAGCCGAAAUGAAUACCUUGCUGGUGGUCAUCAGAGCGUUCAUACUGGAGAGAAACCUUACAAAUGUAAUGAAUGUGGCAAGCACUUUAGUCAGCCUUCACAGAUCAUAAGUCAUAAGAGAUUUCAUACUGGAGAGAAACCUUACAAAUGUGAUGAGUGUGGCAAGGCCUUUCGUGUAAAGUCAACACUUUUAAGUCAUCAGACAGUUCAUACUGGUGAGAAACCUUACAAAUGUGAUGAGUGUGGAAAAGUCUUCAGUCAAAAACCACAUCUUCGCAUUCAUUGGAGAAUUCAUACUGGAGAGAGACCUUUCAGAUGUAAUGACUGUGGCAAGUUCUUCAGUCGAAAUUCACACCUUGCAAGUCAUCGGAGAAUACAUAUAGAGAAACCUUUCAAAUGUUUCGAGUGUGGAAAAUCCUUUACUCAGGUCUCAGCACUCACUAAACAUCAGAAAAUCCAUACAUGAGAGAAACUUAUGUGAAUGUGGUAUAUGGUAGAAGUCUUCAAAAUUCAAAGUUCAAACUUCACACCCUACCGUUGGUCAGAGAAUUCAUACUACUGAGGAACCAUACAAAUAUGAUGAGUGUGGCAAUAUCUCAGGCUUCAUGAGAAAAUUCAUACUGGAUAGAAGCCAGAUAUAUACGUAUUUAUUAGGUCUUUAGAACAUGAAUUCAUUAUAGAAAGAUUCCUCACCAGUUUCACAAAUGUGAAAAAAAAAAAAAAAAAAAAACCUGUCCUUACAGCUCACAUCUCACUAGUAGUAUCAGAGUAUUUAUCCUGUAGAAAACACACAGCAAUGUAAUGUGUGUGGCAAGGAUCUUACCCAAAAGUCACAAGAUAGGAACAUAAUGGAGCCAUACUUCCCAGACUCAGUGGUUGUGGCAAACCUUUACCUUUUUCACUUUAUGUAUUCUCUGAUGACUUUAGUUCAGGUACUCAGCAACUGCUGUAAGUCCAUAGUUGAAGAGAAGCUAUAGAGAUCUUUUCGUGUAAAAGAAACCCGAAUUCUAACUCAGCAAAGAUGAUUCUUUGGGACAGUAGUCCAGCAUCUUUUUGGUCUCCUGGCUUUCUGAAUAAAGUCAAUAUUCCCUGCCCAACAAGUAAUCUCUCAGUUUAUUGGCCUGUUGCAUGGUGAGCUCUAAGAGCUUGGCUUUGGUAAUACAUUGAUCAAACGCAUUUGCUACAUGUGUUUCAUGAUGGUCUCUGGGAAGGAAUCAGUGAGAUGAAGGGGCCAACUUCAUUAGAUACGAUUCAUUCAGAUCCGUGUUUCCUGGAGAAACACACAGCUUGAAUUCUGAAAUUCAGUAGUGUGUGUGAAUUAGCAAUAGGGAGGGUGGAAAAUAAUGUAAACCUAGGACAUGACUCAUCAUGGUCAGUGAGAUCAGGAAGCCUUUCCAUACACAGUCCAGCCUGUUAUAAAAGAUAAUGUUCUACCAACUAACCUUGAACAGAGUAGGCAAGAUGUUGAAAGGACUGGGCUUUUUGUAGGAGGAGAGGGACAGUUACCAGGGACCAAUGGUGUGCUAGGAACAAUGCAUAGGAAAAGGGUCAUGUUCUCCAUUGGAUAGAAAUAACUGUUGUAUGCAUGAUUAAAGAAGAGUUACUCUUAUCUGUGGAAGUUGAAUACAGAGCUGUUUGGGACCUGGGGACUGGAGUCGACGAGAAGAAGAACGCAGGGGACCCAAGUCUCGAGUGAGACAAGUGUGCUGCAUUUGCAGAAAUGCAUGGUUAUAUAUGUUCAUAAAGGGCACCUUUAAGGCAGUAAAAAAAAUUGAGCAGAAACAAAGCCAAGCAAAUAAUAAUCUUCAAAGGCCCAGAAAGCAUUCCAUAUUCUGAGUAAGAGGGGCAUAACUGAAUAGAUUACCUGUAAGUAAAAGGUCACUGAAGGGAGUCACUGAAAGGAAUCCAAGCAGGUUCCCUUUCUCAUGAUCUUAGUCCUGAGAACUGCGUGCAGCUCUGCUCUUUCCUGUUUUUCAGGAACUGAUUAGGAAUAGAGAGUCCUUGAGAAAUGGCCCACAGAAGAAGAAAAUAACAUAUUGGAUCCCUUAAAGUUGAAUGUCCCCUGACAGUUCACCCUUUUUUAUUAUUUCAUGAUUGGGGGUGACUGUUGAUACUUUUUAUGAAAAAGGCCCUGACCAAUUGAGUUUGUUUAGUUUGAACAAUUUUAGUUGAAAGGCAUUGGUUUAUUACAAGUGUAAUCACCAGGAUGAUUAUCAGUGUUAAUAGUUCCAGAUGCAAUACUAUGUGUAAUGCCUUGAAGCCAUCUUAGAGGGUCUAGCCCAGAUAAUUGAGCAGCGAGCUGUUCAGCUAAGGUUUCCAAAUUGUUGGAAGAGGGUAGACUCUUAGAGAAGGUUUCAAGGAUUUCCUUUUGCAGCAAUUGUACAUUUAAGGAAGCAUUGUCAUGUAUAUCUUACAAAUGAAAUUUGAUUUGUUCUGAAUUGUAGGCACUAUGGUUGAACCGAAAAAUUGAGUAGAAUUCCAAUCAAUUUAAUAAUGCUUGUUUUUGUGAAUCUAUUAAUUGAUCUCCAGCCCAUUGGAUGGCUGUUUUUAAUUCCUGAAUUUUAUCUUGAACUUUUUCAUCUAUCUGAACCUGAGUCACCCAAUAGUAUGAGCAUAUUUAAUCCAAUUUUUAAUAAAGCUUUGUGUUUGAUUUGAA